AUGAGUACGACAAAUACGAAUUUUAUCGAUUUUCUACAUGAUCAUUAUUCGAAUGGAUCUACUGACGACAUAUCGCAGACAUUGGCUCGACUUCAGCAACGUCUUGAACAACAGCGGAAACUUGUUUUGAAUGAAAUAGCAACUGUAAAAAAGGAAGAAGAAGAAAUGAAAGCUUUUGUACAGACAAAUCAACAACAAUCAUUUGAUAAUUCUUGUAAAAAAGAUUCUUUAGAUAUUGAAGAAUUAAAUAAAUUACCAUUAGAUCUCUAA